GGCGGAAGUAGCAAGAGCAUCGUUUGCCAGAUGUUUUGCAACAUAGCAUCUAAGCAAUACAGCCCUUUCAAUUGAAAAAUACUCUCAACAUGCAACGGCGAACUCGCACAGUUAAAGUCUACACGGAAAAGACAACAGAUGGAGAUUCCGAUGAACUUAGUCCUCACACUCAGUCAGCAAGUGAAGAUGAGAUUGAAGAAUGGCAGCCAGAAUCCAAGGCCCCCAAGAGGCAACAGAAAGCUCAGCCAAGCGAGAAGGUACCAGCGGUGAAGAGGCAGGCUAAACCUAAAGUGCCCAAGGAGUCCAAACCCAAAGCCCCACGCAAACCAGUGGAGAGGAAGCCCCGAGCUCCCAGAGCACCUAAAGAACCCAAACCCCCUAAAGAACCCAAACCCCCUAAAGCUCCCAGAGCCCCUAAAGCUCCCAGAGCACCUAAAGAACCCAAACCCCCUAAAGAACCCAAACCCCCUAAAGCUCCCAGAGCAACAAAAGGAGGUAAGAAGCAGCAAGCUCUAUUAGAGGAAGAGGCUGGAGGAGCCAAUCAGACUAACUCCAUCUAUGAUGCAGCGGAGUCACAGCAGUCAGCCAGGGUCAAGGAGGAGAGACUGUCUUUCAUUGUGCCUGAUGGAUCCUGCAACGACAACAUGUCCAGAGCAGGGGGCGGGUGGUCCGAGGGGCCCUCCUCCAGCCAUCAGUCUUAUGGGGUGAAGAAGGAAGAGCCUGAGGAGGACUUCACGUUUGAUGAGCCUUCUCUGAAGAGACAGAAGACCAGCAGUGCCCCUCAGGGCAGGCCCACCAGACUGCCCACCUCAGGAAGAGCCUUUGGAGAAGACCUGAACAUGAACUGGGACCUUAUUCAAUUGCUGUCUGAGAGGACAGGGGUGGAGCAGUGGGUGUGUUUGAACAUUUCCCAGCUCUUCAGAGAGGAGAACACCAUUCCCUUUAUAGUGCGCUACAGGAAAGAGAUGAUCAACCACAUGGACGCAGACGCCGUGAGGGACGUGCAGCUGGUGCUGGAGGAGAUCUAUGCACUGGCGAAGAAGACGCAGACUAUCAGUCAGACUCUUAAGAAGGAGGGAGUCCUGACUGCUGAGCUGGAACAGGCUCUGAGGAACUGCAGGACCGCUGAUGAACUGGACCACGUGUAUGCACCCUACAAGAAAGGCAGCAAGCUGAGCAAGGCCCGUCGUGCCAAGCAGCUGGGACUGGAGUCUGCUGCCCAGGCCCUGCUACAGAGCCCUCACACUCUGGACCUGAGAGCCUGGGUCAAACCUGGGACUGAAGGUUUGUCCACUGUGGAGGAGGUGUCGACCGGAGUGGAGCAGAUUUUGGCUGAUAUGAUUGCUAAAGACGGAGAGACCCUGACCCAUAUAAGAUCGCUAUGUGAUAACAGCAUGGUGAUGCUCCAGUCGUCUGUGUCUAAGACAGCCCUGAAGGAGCAGCAGAUAGAGGGUCACCAGGGGAAGCCCAAAGACAUUGACAAGUUCCACCUGUACUGUGACUUCACCUGCAACGUGCAGCGUAUUCAACACCACCAGACCCUGGCCAUUAACCGAGGGGAGAAUCUGAAGAUUCUGACAGUGAAGGUCAACAUCCCUGACAGGGUGAAGAGCGACUUCUGUAGGUGGUGUCUCAACGUCAGAUGGAGACCCAAGGGUUACACUAGAGAGGAGCUGAUGAAGAUCUUACGAGACGCAGUGGAGGACUCGUACAAAAGACUCUUAUUACCCCUGCUCAGCAGAAGCUACAGGACGAAGCUGACGGUUAGUGCGGAGAAGGAGUCCAUAGCCAUGUUUGUGCGAAACUUGCGCCAGCGUCUGUUGGUGUGUCCUGUGAGAGGCCGUGUCAUCAUGGGCGUGGACCCAGGGUUCAGACACGGCUGUAAACUGGCCGUCCUCUCCCCUACCAGUCAGAUAUUAUACACAGAUGUGGUGUACCUCCAUGGUUCAGGUGGGAACAGAGAGGCAGACAAACUGCGCCAUCUGAUGAUCAGAUACAGCUGUAACACGGUGGUUAUCGGCAACGGCACAGCGUGUCGAGAGACUGAGGCCUUCUUUGCUGACCUCAUCAGCCGACGUUUCUUCCAGCCUCUGGACGUGUCAUACUGCAUCACCAGCGAGGCAGGGGCAUCCAUCUACAGUGUGAGCACAGAGGCAGUGAAGGAAAUGCCUGAUCUGGACCCGAACCUGAGGAGUGCAGUGUCCAUAGGGAGAAGAGUUCAGGACCCGCUGGCUGAGCUGGUGAAGAUUGACCCGAAACACAUCGGCAUUGGAACCUACCAGCACGAUGUUUCCCAGAGCUCUCUGAAGGCAGCCCUGGAUGGGGUGGUGCAGGAGUGUGUGAGCUUCGUGGGAGUGGACAUCAACAUCUGCUCAGAGACCCUGAUGAGACACGUGGCAGGUCUGAAUACAGGGCGUGCAAAGAGCAUAGCAGAGUGGAGGGAGACGAACGGGCCCUUCAUGAACAGAGAUCAGCUGAGACUGGUGAAGGGCCUGGGCCCUAAGAGCUACCAGCAAUGUGCCGGCUUCAUCAGAAUCAACCCUCAAAACCAUCUCAACAACCACAGUGAUGCAACAGGGGGUAACUCAGCCCAAGCAGCCCAGGAGAAGCCUGCAGCCAAGGGGAAGGGAAAGACCAAAGCCUCAGCUGCUGUAUCUACCCUGCCCAACCCUCUGGACCAGACCUGCAUCCACCCAGAGUCCUACGCUGUGGCCAGGAGUUUCCUGUCCCUGGUAGGGGGUAGUGUGGACCAGAUGGGCCGGUCAGAGCUCAGACAGUGUGUGGAGGCCAGUGUGAAAUGUCAAGGUCUAGAGGCCCUGGCUGAAACCCUCAACACCACCCCAGACACACUGCAGCUCAUCAUAGACGGACUCACCCAGCCUCCUGGCUUUGACAUCCGCCAAGACUUCGAGAAGGCGGACUUCAAGCGUGGCAUUGUGUCUAUGAGUGACCUGAGAGAGGGGGUGGUUCUGACGGGCCGGGUGGAAAACGCCACUCUGUUCGGGGCCUUCGUGGACAUCGGAGUGGGCCGCAAUGGACUGAUCCAUAAGAAGUACAUCACUCCAGACAAGCUGCCAGCUGACCAGAGGAGACGCAGCCUAGCCCUGGGCCCCGGGGAGAAGGUGGAGGUCAGGGUGCUCAAUGUGGACCCUCAGCGGGGCCGCAUUGGACUGGACCUCAUACGGGUCCUCAGAUAGACCAGUGUGGACUGGACCAUGGCUUUGCACUUGGGUCAUGUCCAGUAGGGCGAAAAAAAAAUUAAACAGUAAAAGUACUACCUGAACACGACCCUUCUGUGUAGCCACUCCUAGAGCAUCUCUGUGACAGAAGAUACUGACAUGGAUGUUGAAGUGUCAUUAUUCAUUGCUGACAUGUUCUGUUCUUGUAGUUUUCAGUAUGUUGGACCAACUCUUUAUGCCUCAGUUUGUAUUAUUUUAAAAAACAAUGUUUAAACAUGUUUUGAGAAAUGUAUUAAUAAAUGGAACAUGAUCAGCUAAA